AUGCCCAGUUUCAAGGAAGCAUUUGCCUUGUCCAAAGAUGAGGUCAGGUUGGCUCGACCAUUAGGCACUAUUCGAGUGACCGAUUAUAUCCAGUCACGACAUGACGGAAGGUCACUCCGACACCCCCAGCCCUCUGCGGACUCUAUGGACCCCUUGAAUUUGUCCUUCAAGCUGAAGAUAGCAUCUCUCGUCUGCAUGUCUACCUUCGGAUUUCUCUCAAAUUUUACCUCCUCGUCCAUAACAAGCGCCAUCCCGCUUCUGGCGACCCCUCUCGCUUUCAAUCCUCCAGUGCCGGUCGGACGUCUAACCCAUCUGGUAGCAGUGAACGCGAUCAUGCUCGGUGUAUCGAAUCUAUUAUGGGUUCCGGUAGCCAACACGUUUGGACGACGGCCGGUGAUUCUCCUGGGAACAUUGCUUCUCACGGUAUUCUCUAUCUGGGCUGCGGUUGCGAAGAGCUUCGAUAGCCUGCUUGCAGCACCAGGGACGAGCCAUGGUAUCUUAUCCCCCUGGUUCCGAGAACCCUUUCAUAGCUGUCCAGGGUUAAUUACUCAGCAUAAGGGAUUCUACACGGUCUUCCUUGCCCUAGGCCCCCUGGUCGGCGGGGUCGUAGGUGGAUACAUUGCCGGAAAUCUAGGUAUACCGUGGAUCAACUGGAUAAAUGCAAUCAUCUCCGGCGCUCUCUUCGUCACCUGCUUCUUCUUCCAGCCGGAGACUCUGUUCAACCGCGACGAUCCGCAACCCAGCGAAGUGGCGGAAGCCUCAGUAGGCCCUGAGAAGUCUGAGGAUCUUCAAGAAGUCGAGAAUAUUUCACCCCUCAGCCUCAGUCAACAGCGCUUCUCUUACACAAAAUCCCUCGAAGUUGGCGUCUACUGCGCAGCGUUAAGGACACAAUUUCUCCGACCCUUUCUAACCCUUCGGCUCCCUGGAGUGUGGCUCGUGAUGCUCUGGUACGGCGGCUUGGUAGGAGGCAUUGUUGCCCUUUCGGCUGUCGGCCCCACAAUCCUAGCAAUGCCGCCGUACCUCUGGGGCGUGAACGCUGGCUGUAUCAACGUGGGAGGCAUCAUCGGCGUCCUUAUUGGCUUCCUCACGACAGCUGUAUUUUCGGAUCGUGUUAUCUCCUGGCAGAGUAAGAGGUCUGCAACCGCAUGCAUCGAGGCCGAAGCCCGCCUGUCGCUUGCAAUUCCCGGGUUAUGUCUCGCCGUGGCGGGCCUCUGGACAUUUGGGUUCUGCGCCGAUCACCCGGCCCCCCAUAUGUGGAUUGGGAUGGAGUUUGGGCUGGGUAUGCUCUGUUUUGGUAUAAUGAUGGUUCCAUCUAUAGGAUUCAACUACCUCAUCGAAUCCUAUCACCACCUCGCCCCAGACGCCUUCGUCGCGAUCACAUUCUUAAGGGGGAUCAUCAGCUUCUGCUGGACAUUUUUCGUUAGCGACUGGGUCACAAACGCCGGUGCCGCGGUGCCAUUCGGGGUCUUUGGCGGAAUGAUGGGUGCGUCCGCUCUGCUCUUGAUUCCGGUUUUGUUUUGGGGGAAGCGGAUGCGCAUUGCAACUGAGAAGUGGGUUCGUUGA